UUACCCAGAUGGGCUAGCAGUUGCAUGAGCCCAAUAUCUCUCUCUCUCUCUCUUUGCUCUUCCACCCCCAUUGAUGAGGGAGAGUGGGAAAAGAGUAGAAGGUGAUGGAGCAGACGGGGAAGGAAGCGACAAGGGAAGCAUCAGAACAGGUAUCAAAUGAAUUCAAAACACUGGUCGAUGCUCAGGAUUUGGAUUCACUCAAACAAUUGCAGCACCUCAUAUUGGGGAGAUUGCAAGAUGGCAAUGCAGUCCUGUCACAUUUUAAUGAGUUUUCAGAGAACUGCUUUGCUGAGGUUGCUGGAGAUUUCUCUAGACACACACGCCUAUUAAGGUCUAUGAAAUCUGAUCUUGAAUACAUAUUUCAGAAGUUGAGGAGCAUGAAGUCGAGAAUUUUGGCUACCUAUCCAGAUGCAUUUUCCGAUGACUCGAAACAAGAAGUACUCGACCAGAGACCGGACCUUGAAAUGCCGCGGUAGCACUGAGACUACGUCACACUUUGCUAAUGGAAGUGUUCCGAGAUUAAGCGUGUCAGCAGCCGAUGUGUUAGAUCUCCAGAAAUUAUCUUUCCAUUUGUUCUAGCUUACAGAGCUGCUUUUGUUUUCUUUUUUUUCCCGGCAAGUAUAUGGAUAUAUGCAUAUAGUCACAAACGUCUAAUUUCGACCUUCUAACUUGUAAGUAUUAUUUAAUUUGAAAUUUCAGGAAACAUGAUGUGUCCUUACUAACAUUCUACUACUAGUUUUGCACUGUAUUAUGCAUGUCUUACUUUUUUAUAUAUAUAAAUUUAUUACAAAAGUUGAAAGAAAAAUAAAAAACAGCUUCUUUGUCCCUGCUGGUUUAUGGUUUGCUUGGCUCCGUCUGAGUCUCUGUUCCUGAGCUAUAUAUGCUGAGCCGCCACCCCCGCCCGCCAUGUCGCGUUCUUAUGGAACUGCCUCAGAAGCGCGUGAGAAAAACAUCCCCUCUGCCCUCUGCCCUCUGCCCUCUCUAUGUGCGUGAAACCGAAACAUGCAUUUGUAACUCUCAACUCUCUCUCUCUCUCUUUCACACACGUCACGGUGUCAUGCAGAAAGAGAUAAAACACAGAGAGCGCAUGCAGAUCGCAGAAUCAUCCCAGCCGUCCAAUCCAACCUGCGUGGCUCUGUUUACCCGCACCGUCCGAUGCUCCUCAACUACUCCACCAUUCUACAAAACACACUCAAGAACCAAGCUCACACUUUUAACUUUCAUCAUUAUUAACAAUUGAUUGGGAUUUGAGAGACAGAGACAGAGACAAAGAGAGCAUCAGGAAGUGGAGGAAAUGGCGGGAACACAUGGGAGGAGCGAGAGCGAGAAAGAGAAGACGAAGAUGAGGGAGAGGCAGAGGAGGGCCAUCACCACCAAAAUCUUCCACGGCCUCCGCAAGCACGGCGGCUACGGUCUCUCCCCCCGCGCCGACAUCAACGAGGUCCUCCGCCAUCUCGCCUCCGAGGCCGGCUGGCUCGUCGAACCUGACGGCACCACCUACCGCCGCCGCUCCCUCAAUGUUUCGAAUUGCUGUUCGGUCUGCGGCGGGGUCCCCAAAGCCAGCGCCAAGUCGGCAGCAGCAGCAGCAACGCCGAGCAGUAGCAUGGUGAUGGGCGGCUGUGAGAGUUCGAUCACAGCCUCUCCAACUUCAAGCAGUCUGCCUGCCUUCAACAAUAACAACGCCAGCGACACCACAGCCACCAACAACAACAGUGUGAGCGUUUACUCGGCUAUGUGCGUGUACGAAGGUGGGCUCCACAACCACCAGCUGCAUGAAGCCAGGGCUUCCAACAACACCUCCCCCUCCCACUGCCCUUAGAACAAAACUCUCUUCUUUAUUCCCGUUUUGCCCCUCCCACCGCCACCCUCACCGUUCAACCGCAGCAGGCUCUUUUAUAUAAUAAUAAUAAUAUAUUAUAAUA